AUGUCUUCAUGUUCAGAUGAAUUUGUUGAUGCCCAUGAGUUCUCACCAGGGUCAUCUGGGAGAUUGUCUCCCAAUAUUGAAGACAGCAAGCAUUCUGAAACUUCUGCAGCAAUCGAUGUAAACGGUGAAAAAUCAUUAGAGGAUAGGGAAAGAGAAGAAGAUUCACUUACUGUGCAAGAAAUUGAGGACAAGGGAAACGCACUUUUUAAAUUAGGUGUAUUCACCGAGGCUUUGACAAAUUAUACAGAAGCUCUUGAUCUUUGUCCUUUGAAGUGCUGUGUUGAGCGUUCUGUUAUCUAUGCCAACAGAGCUGCGUGCCACAUCAAACUGGAUUCUCCUGAGGCUGCCCUCUUAGAUUGUAAUGAAUCCCUAAGUUUGCAACCGGAUUAUGUUAAAUGCCUAGAACGGCGUGCUACUUUAUUGGAAAGCAAGGACAGGUUAACGGAUGCAUUCGAAGAUUAUAAGAAACUUUUACAAUUAGACCCAGGCAAUCAAAGAGCUCGCCAUGCCUGUGCUACUUUACCAGAGCGCAUUCAAAUUCAAAAUGAAAAAAUGAAAGAAGAAAUGUUAGGUCAACUGAAACAAUUGGUACAAAAAAAUCCUGACUCUGAAGGUUAUUCUAUAAAUUUUGUUCAAAAUGCUGGUACUUCUUCUCAGUGA